AUGAAAAUUGUGUAACUGAUGAUAUAACGGAUUACAAAUAUACAGAUUUUUCAAUAGUUGGAAUAAGUAAUGCAACUUAAGAAAGGCGUUUAUUGGACCUUAAGAAUUUUAAAAAUCAUUGACCAAAACGUUUACAAAUAUUCCCCCAAACAAUAAUUAGAAUUUGGAAAUUAGAAAAUUGAGUUGUAGAUGGAUUUUAAAUAUAUGAAAAUAACGAAUUAAUAGAAAAUUUUUUGCUGGAUUGCUUCGAAGGUACAAAGAUAUGUAGAAACGAAAUUUGGGUUGAUCUAUUUAGGCCAAUUUCAUUAAAAAUUUUAGAUAGCAAGAACUGAUUUAACUAUAAAAUUAAGAGAUUAUAUAAAUUCUAAAAAAAUCAGGAUGAUAUAAAUUAAAUGA